CCGCACGGAUGCGGACGCCGGCUGCCUGAUGCACACGGUGCCCCGGGGAGAGGAGCCCGAUGCCAGAGCAGGGGCUGGAGGAAUAAACUGUGGCAGCGGCGUCCGGACAGAUUUCAGACCCCAAGCACUCAACACCCAGGAAUGUGGGGAUGUGUCAGCCUUCACAUCUCUGCUCCUCACGGUGUGCAAGACCUUACACCACAAUGACCGGGUGAGUCAGAUCUACCCGGUCCUACAGGCUACAGCCAGAUCUACCCAGUCCUGCAGGCUACAGUCAGAUCUACCCAGUCCUGCAGGCUACAGUCAGAUCUACCCAGUCCUGCAGGCUACAGCCAGAUCUACCCAGUCCUGCAGGCUACAGUCAGAUCUACCCAGUCCUGCAGGCUACAGUCAGAUCUACCCAAUCCUACAGGCUACAGUCAGAUCUACCCAGUCCUACAGGCUACAGCCAGAUCUACCCAGUCCUGCAGGCUACAGUCAGAUCUACCCAAUCCUACAGGCUAUAGUCAGAUCUACCCAGUCCUACAGGCUACAGUCAGAUCUACCCAGUCCUGCAGGCUACAGUCAGAUCUACCCAGUCCUACAGGCUACAGUCAGAUCCAUCCAAUCCUACAGGCUAGAGUCAGAUCUACCCGGUCCUACAGGCUACAGUCAGAUCUACCCAGUCCUGCAGGCUACAGUCAGAUCUACCCAAUCCUACAGGCUACAGUCAGAUCUACCCAGUCCUACAGGCUACAGCCAGAUCUACCCAGUCCUGCAGGCUACAGUCAGAUCUAUCCAAUCCUACAGGCUACAGUCAGAUCUACCCAGUCCUACAGGCUACAGCCAGAUCUACCCAGUCCUGCAGGCUACAGUCAGAUCUAUCCAAUCCUACAGGCUACAGUCAGAUCUACCCAGUCCUGCAGGCUAGAGUCAGAUCCAUCCAAUCCUACAGGCUAGAGUCAGAUCUACCCAGUCCUACAGGCUACAGCCAGAUCUACCCAGUCCUGCAGGCUAGAGUCAGAUCUACCCAAUCCUACAGGCUAGAGUCAGAUCUACCCAGUCCUGCAGGCUACAGUCAGAUCUACCCAAUCCUACAGGCUACAGCCAGAUCUACCCAGUCCUGCAGGCUAGAGUCAGAUCUACCCAGUCCUACAGGCUACAGCCAGAUCUACCCAGUCCUGCAGGCUAGAGUCAGAUGUAUCCAAUCCUACAGGCUACAGCCAGAUCUACCCAGUCCUGCAGGCUACAGUCAGAUCUAUCCAGUCCUACAGGCUACAGUCAGAUCUAUCCAAUCCUACACGCUACAGUCAGAUCUACCCAGUCCUACAGGCUACAGUCAGAUCUAUCCAGUCCUACAGGCUACAGCCAGAUCUACCCAGUCCUACAGGCUACAGUCAGAUCUACCCAGUCCUGCAGGCUACAGUCAGAUCUACCCAGUCCUA